CAGAGAUGAUGGCCAACUCGUUAUCGACGCCCACCAACAAUGGGCGACGACUUCCCCGCCGUAUCCACAUCUACCUCUGAGAAUACACCGCUGCGAGGAUCGCAUUCACAAACGAAGGAAACUCAGGCAAGCAGGAGCUCCGUCAGGAGCCCAAUCUACAAUACCCAGCCUGCUCGAGGUCUUUGGUUAACCAAGCAGAUCCUGCUCUUGCCUCCGUCAUACCUGUACUGGAAUGUCCGCUAUCUCCUUCCCUCUGGUCGACCUCUUCCCUCCUGGACGCUGCGCCGGACUGUCGGAGCGCAGCUCAUCAGAUGGGGUAUGAAGACCCUCUACAGGGGCAACGCGCUGCCCCACGCGCACUUCUCCGAACCUCCGACAAGAAGAGAUCUCGCACAGUUGAAAAAAUACAAUGCUCGACUUGUGUGGAUCGACCCUGUUGAUGUGAAAGAAGUCUCGGAGCCCGUGGGUGGGUGGGCUGAGCAAGCGGGCGUAAAGGGGGUGAGGGUGAGGGGAUACUGGGUUGGGGACGAAGUGGAGCGAGAGAAGAAGACGACCUUGGGUAAGGAGAGAAGAGAAGGAGGGAAGGUCAUGCUCUUCCUUCAUGGAGGUUCUUAUAUCCUCGCCCAUCCCUCUGAGAUGACUUCCUACUUCCCGCUCAACAGUAUCCAUCACUCGCACGAGCUCUGCGCCUGUUUGUCCGUAGACUACCGACUCUCUUCCGGCUCUCCCAACCCAGCCGCCAACCCCUUCCCAGCCGCGCUACUAGACGCCCUCUCCAGCUUCCGCUACCUUCUCUCCCUUGGCUUCUCACCCAGGGAAAUCAUCAUCGCUGGCGAUUCCUCAGGUGGUAACCUCGCCAUGGCGCUAUGCAAGUACCUCGUCGAGGUCGAGUCUCUCGGGCCUGUACUAGGAGGACUCAUUCUCCUAAGCCCCGCAUGCGACCUGACAGAAUCACACCACUAUCCCGAGAGCUCGCAGUUUCGGAACUACAAGACAGACUACCUGCUCGGGUUAGAGGAGAGCAUCUUCAGCUAUUCAGUUCAUGCCUUCUGCGGGAGUCAACCAGGCGGUAGUGACCAGCACCGGGAAAUGGAUGGGGCCCCAGAAGACGGAAAUAACGCGACUUUCCUUCAUUGGCCACGGACGCUCCUUAUCGCUGGCUCGGUGGAGAUGAUCCUCGAUGAGAUCCGCACACUCAAGCGCAGGAUGGUGCGGGACGGCGUACUCCUCAUGUACAGGGAUGGGAAGGAUGUCCACACGACUGUAUGA